CUCUGCCUUCAGUCUGGUCUACGCGUGAAAGAGGCAGCAUGUGUGAGUAUGUGCUGUGAUGUGUGUGUGUGUGUGUGUGUGUGAGUGAGUGUGUGUGAGUGUCUGUGUGUGUGUGUGUGUGUGUGGAGUCAAACGCUGCGCUGGAGUCCAGGAGACGUCUCACUAAUGCAAGGAUUCCCCUGUUUGCUCUCGGAGAGGAUCCGAGCAGGUUUUAACCACCACUGGGAAUUAGCUGUUACUCGCGCAGGAAACACUGGGAGCUUAAGUAAAGAACAAUCUGACACCUCCGUGUGACGAGGUGUGGAGGAUCAUGUGGUCGGUGAGAGGUGACACCACGCUGAUGAGGACCAAUUGAUGAUGCGGCUGCUCAACCAAAGCUGAAUCAUGGGAAACGCCGAAAGUCAAAACGGGGACAGUGGUUUCUACGGCGACGUGACGGCGCACCUCUCCCGCAAGCACACGUCCAGGUCACUCCGCAUCUCCAGCAAGCAGCCGGUCGCCCGCCGCUCUCGCCACUCUUCCUCGGUGAAACAGGAACACAGAAACUCUGAUGCCUCAACGCGCUCCUCCAGCACCCCGAGCAUCCCGCAGUCCUUGGCGGAGAACGGCCAGGAACCUUUCACCGCCACGGACGCGUUCGGGGACUUUGGCAUCAACCCUCACUGGACGCAGCGCGUUGCCAUGACGAUGAGGCCGGAGUCCUACCAGCAGGACGACGACCCGUCGGCCACGCCGACUCCCGAAACCUCGGAGGCGGACACUGUCGCUCCGGCUGGUGGAGAGGACUCCAUGGGGGAGGAGGAGGACGUCGUUGGGGAGGAACGGUACCUCCAGCGAAUGACUGAGGGUCCGCGGGAGGGAGGGAGCUUUAAAAAGAAGAGGUCCAAGUCAGCCGACAUGUGGAGGGAAGAUAGCUUGGAGUUCUCCAUGUCGGACCUGAGCCAGGAGCAUCUGACCAGUACUGAGGAGAUGAUAGACGGAGGAGAAGAAGAGGUGGAGGAGCAGUUCACACGCCCCAGAGGCAAUGCAGGCUCAGCUGAAAGGGCAUCGUCUCUGGACCAUCUGUGCAGCCAGCAGAGUCCCGGCCUCAGGGGGCAGAGGAGCCGCUAUGCAAAAAACCGGAGAGAAGCCCCAUGUGAUGAAGAUGGAGGAGGGGAGGAGGGGUUGAUGUCUCCCAGCGAGGAGGAUGGUGGCGGCUACGGAGCGUUCACGCUCCCUUGCCGACGCUCCCACUGCCUGUCGGAGGGCUUGGGGGGGCUCGGGGUCCCUGCCGCACCGUGCCCCGGUUUCCAGGGACGGCGUGCACAAACUACUCAGGACAUCUCUGGGGUUUUGGGCGAGGGCAGUGAGUACGGCGACAGUGGCAUCGACGGCGUCACCGCGGAGACGGACGGGGACGGGGAGCUGGUGUCGCGGCGCUGCAAGGCCAUGUCGGCCUCCUUCUCCGUCUACUCGGCUACUGAGAGCAGCCUUUUCAACGGGAGCGAUAGCGGGAGCAGCAGUGCAGGAGGAGGGGAAGGACGAGCAGGCGAUGGAGGCAGGGGAGGCGUGUACGAGAAUUUCCGGAAGGAGCUGGACAAUCAAGCCUGGACACAUCAGGGUCGGGACUGCGCCGAGGAGGCCGGAUCUGCCGUGAGCGACGAGCGGAGCAGCUGCACACUGAGUGGUGCGUAUCCAGCGGACAUUCUGAUUGGCUGCGCACAAGGCAUAGUCAGGAAGGCGGGAGCGCUGGCUGUGAAGAACUUCUUGGUUCAUAAGAAAAACAAGAAAGUGGAACCUGCAACAAAACGCAAGUGGAAACACUACUGGGUCUCUUUGAAAGGCUGCACUCUUUUCCUGUACGAGUCAGACGGUCGUUCCGGGAUCGACCAUAACAGCGUUCCCAAACACGCAUUGUGGGUGGAGAACAGCAUUGUCCAGGCCGUACCUGAACACCCCAAGAAAGAUUUUGUCUUCUGCCUCAGCAACUCAGUGGGAGACGCUUUCCUCUUCCAGACGUCGGGCCAGACAGAACUGGAGAACUGGAUCACAGCGAUCCACUCUGCGUGCGCCGCUGCCCUGGCCCGGCAGCACCACCGGGAGGAUACGGUUCGACUUCUGCGCACGGAAAUCCGCAAACUGGAGCAAAAGAUCGACAUGGACGAGAAGAUGAAGAAAAUGGGAGACAUGCAGCUGUCGACAGUCACUGACGCCAAGAAGAGGAAGACCAUUUUGGAGCAGAUCUUCUUGUGGGAGCAGAACUUGGAGCGGUUUCACAUGGACCUGUUUCGCUGCCGGUGCUACCUGGCCAGUCUGCAGGGCGGCGAACCCCCCAACCCCAAACGGCUGCUGGGCUUUGCCUCGCGUCCCACCAAGCUGGCCAUGGGACGACUUGGCAUCUUCUCCGUCUCUUCCUUCCAUGCGCUGGUGUCAGCUCGCACUGAAAGCAGCAUCAGGAGGCGGAACCAGGCCAUGCCUCGAACCUUCAGCAAACGUCGGAGCCGCUUCUCAUCCCUCUGGGGCCUGGACACCACCUCAAAGAGGAAGACCAAGGGACAUCCCUCCCUCAACCAGGUCUUCGUUGAUGGGAUGGAGCCAGUGAAAAAGCCAUUGGAGCGCAUGUUUGAAGACUCAGCCAGUGAGAAAUCUAAGGAGAAAGAGGGCUCUGUGAAAAAUCUUCCUCAGCAAAACGUAGACAGCGACAUUUGGGUUCCUGAUUACCUGGCUCCCUCCUGGGUGUGUCUGCCCAACAAUCACCCCGUCUUGGCCAUCGUGCAGCCCGGCGAGACAGCGCUGGAGGUCCUGAGCUCCAUCUGCAAGACCCAUCAAAUAGACCCCUCCAGCCACUACCUGCGUUUGAAAAUGUGGAUCGACAACCAAAUACUCUUUUAUGUUCCCAAACUUGAAGAGGAUAUUUCUGAUCUGCUCUACAAAGAGAUUGAGGUUCGCCCCAAACUUACCAAGGUGAUCCGGUUUGACAAAGCAGAGUCCAGCACCAUCGGAUUUGGUUUUUCUGUGGCAGUUAUAGAUGAGGAGGGGACACAGCAGCUCCAUAUCACGGAAGUGAAAGCAGAGGGACUGGCCUCUGCUAAAGGUUUAAAAGCAGGGGAUGAGAUUUUGCUGCUGAAUGGAAAACCCGCGUCCGCCCUCCAAAUGGAUGACAUGAGGGCUGCGUUUGUAAACCAAGCGCUGACCUUGAGCGUCAGCACCCUGCCCCAGCUGGACCCUCGGGUGCUGUGCUGCCUUCCUCCGCGGCGCUCCGACGGGGAGCAGGACGCCGCCACUGACAUCUUCUCCCAGAGCCAAGAGGACAUCCUGGAUGAGGUGUCUGGUUUGACUGUGGAGAGCCCGGAUGAGAGUUUAGAGGAAGGACCUCGGCUGACUCUGCAAAGUCCUGAAGAUCAUCAGGAGGACCAAACGUGCGUGGGGACUGGACAAAAGAGCACAGAGCAGGUCACUGCUUUCUGCCGCAGUCUCCAUGACAUGAAUCCCCUGGAGUGCCCGAUGUCAUCCUCCUCGUCUUCGUCCUCGUCAUCCCUCUCCCCGAGCCCCGUGUCGGCUCUACCGCCCGCGGCGGGCAUUGCCACCCAGAGGCAGCUCUCCCACGCGGACAAACUCCGCAAGGUCAUCAACGAACUUGUGGAGACGGAGAAGACAUACGUCAAAGACCUGAGCUGCCUCAUAGAGUGCUACUUAACACCUUUGCAGAAAGAGAGCUUCCUUACACAGGAUGAGCUGGACGUUUUGUUCGGUAACCUCGGGGAGAUGGUGGAGUUCCAGGGGGAGUUUCUGCAGACACUGGAAGAUGGAAUCAGACUGGUGCCUAAUCUGGACCGAUUGGAAAAGGUGGAGCAGUUUAAGAAAGUGCUGUUCUCCUUGGGAGGUUCAUUCCUGUAUUACGCCGAUCGCUUCAAGAUCUACAGCGCCUUCUGCGCCAGCCACACCAAGGUCCCCAAGGUCCUGGCUAAAGCGAAAACCGACCCAGAUUUCAAGGCUUUUUUGGCCGAGAGAAACCCGAGACAGCAGCAUUCAUCCACUCUGGAGUCUUACUUGAUCAAACCCAUCCAGAGGGUCCUGAAGUACCCGUUGCUGCUCAAGGAGCUUUACUCGCUCACGCACCCUGACAGCGAGGAGCACUACCACCUAGACGUUGCUAUGAAGGCCAUGAAUAAAGUUGCGAGCCACAUCAAUGAGAUGCAAAAGCUUCAUGAGGAGUACGGAGCGGUUUUCGACCAGCUCAUCAAUGACCAAACUUCAGAUAAAAAAGAGGUGGCUGACCUGUCAAUGGGUGAUCUUUUGCUUCAUUCUACUGUGGUGUGGCUCAACCCUCCAGCCUUUUUGGUCAAGAGCAAAAAGGAACGUGAUAUGGCUGCUUUUGUGUUCAAAACGGCAGUUGUAUUUGUGUACAAAGACAGCUCCAAGCACAGGAAAAAAAUUGGUGGAACUCACCGAGCAUCUGUGAUUGAUGACAAAGAUCCUUUCCGUUUCCGUCACAUGAUCGCAACAGACUCUCUGCAAGUCCGUGCCCCUGCAAACUCCGAGGGUACAGCGGUAUGUGAGAUCGUUCACACGAGAUCUGAAUCCGAAGGAAGACCAGAGGCAACCUUCCAGUUGUGCUGCAGUUCUCCAGAAAGUAAGAAGGACUUCCUGAAAGCAGUCCACUCCAUCCUUCGGGAAAAGCAGCGUCGGCAGCUUCUUCAAACCGAGUCUCUGCCGCCCAACCAGCGGUACGUCCCGUUCGGGGGCAAACGUCUGUGUGCCCUCAAAGGAGCGCGGCCCAUCAUGAACCGAGCAGCAUCAGCUCCAUCACGCAGGCUGCCCCGCAAAAAACAGGCGAGGAACCGCUUCACCAUCGACACCGACCUGGUCUACCACGGCAACAACAACAACGGCAACGAUUCGGACCCCUCCCGCCAGUCCUCUUACCCGCCGCCUCUGUCGCGGCACGCUCUCCCUCAAUCGAACAAACCCCAAGGGGAGGACACGGACCGCUGGGUGGAGGAACAGUUUGACCUGGGCCGCUACGAAGAAGGGGCCGAGGGCGUCGGCGCGGGGCAGCUGAAGGAGACGGACAUCCUGAGCGACGACGACGAGUACUGCAAGUCGGUCCGAGCCGCUUCGGCGGAGCCGGACCGCCUGGAGAGGAGGAUGGAGGGACUCGACCUUCGGGUGAACGGGGCCAGGGGCCACCGCCUCAACGGGAGGGCGGAGCGCGGAAGCGAGGCGGCGGCGCCGGAGGAGGAGGAGGAAGUUGACCGAGUGGGCUCAGGGUCUCGUGGCGUCUCGCUGUCUCGCUGUGCCACCCCGACUGUAAAGCUCGGCCCCCUGAAGCAGUGCGUCGCGGAGGGGGCCACGAAUAAGAGCCGUGAUGUCAUCUGGGUGCGGCGGGACAACUUCGCUAACGGGUGCAAAAGUGACGUUUUCUGAUUCGAGAAUCGAAGGAGACGAAGUAGGAGGGCAGGAACGUGAAGGGGAGAUUAGUCCCAAGCUUUAAAAUGAGUAGAAUUUGGAGGUAUUCGGGUAUAGAUGGUAUUCAUCAUCUGCCAGUUCUCCCUGUGUCACUCAACGACCUUCCUCUUCCCCUCUAACCUGCAUCUCCUUUGCCCUGACAAUCCUAAAGUACGGAGAGUAAGGAGAAGUCAAAUGUACUCUCAUCCCCCGAACUCCUUCCUUAAGGAUGAUGUCCAAAGAACACACGGUUUGAGAUCUACACCCACACACACACACACACACCUGCAGAAUUGUAUAUGAACACAGCAGCACUGCAUGUGCACGCCAGCGCACAAGCAACUGUACGUAGACUGUCGGUGCAUAAAGUACACAGCGGCACACGCUGUACUGACGAGACAUCACCACCGGACUCUGUUGUGGCUAAAAUGUCUAUUUUUUAACACAGGAAUGUGGGUGUUAUAUUUUUUUGACACAAAAACUGCAUUUGUAUUAACACUCAAGGGCUGUGUGUCACUGAACUUCUCUUCAGGGUUUUUGGGCUUAAUGACUGCUGUGUAACUAGCUUUAUUGUGCAUUUUUAUUGUUUUAACUUAAUAUCAGCUGCACAUUGGUGCAUCGUCAGGAGUACAAAGGUGUGCUUUUUGACGUUUUGAAGCUGGCCUUUUACAAGCCAGUCUACCAAUUCUUUAUUUAAUUAAUGCCUUUUACUCUAAUUAUUUUAUGUUUACACCACACUCCGCUGCCCAGUGUUACAAACCACUUGAUGUGCGUUUAGUGCCAGAAACAGAACCAUCAGCUUGUGCCCUUCACAUAAAUACCCAGUCUCAAGUUCUGUUCCUCAUAUACUAUGCCAUAGUUAUUUAGUUAAAUAAUAAAAAUUCAUUAAUAUAUUGGGUCCAGUCUCCCCCCAGAGGCCAUGGUCUCAUCAUGCCCAAUAACCUUAUACAUGCCAUUCCUUAAAAUAGCAGAAUAAUUCUGCCAACAAUCCUGUUCUACUCAAUACAGCCAUGUUAGUGACUACUGUAACUCCACAGAAAAGGUCAACCAUACAGUUGACUUGUCAUCCUCUGACCGAUCCAGACAUCAUUCUUUCUCUCUCUCUCCAGCUGCUUUGACCCUUUGUCAUGCCAAGAAGCAUCACAACCACGGACAAGCCGGCUGAGACUUUGCCUCCAUGAUGAUUAUUACUGUAUUUACGCUUUCCCCUCCUGCAUUUCUUCCCUUGUCCACCAGGCUGUGCUGUUUCAUUUAUCACAACAACGGCCUGACUGCAGGGCGCAACACCUUCAUGCACACCUAAAUGGAUGUAUUGAACAUGCACUUAAUACUUAACUGUGAGUGAGGGAGUCUCAGAGCUAAUCUUAGUCAGUUUUUUGGUAAUUUGGUAAAAUAAUACACUUUGGAUGUUCUUAUUAUUGUCUUUUUAACUACGAUGCUGGUUUCUUAGAGUUUUAGUUUUCUGGAUGAUGGUGGCCGUUAUGGACACAUUAAGACUGUGAGACACAAUCACCUGGCCUUGGAGGCAAAUCCUGUGAGAACCCCUUUUUAAACUCCUCCCUUUGUAUUUUUAAAACUGUGUUCGUACAUAAAACUGUGGAGUAUUAUCAUUCCUAUGUUUAAAAUAAAUUUUCUAAAUUUA